AUGUAUUUCUCUAGUUUAUUUUUUCUGCUAUUACUACAUUUAUCUAUACAAAAUGUUUUAUCCAAAGGUAAGAAAAUUAAUUUUCGAAAAAUAAAUUCCAUUGUGUUUUUUUUCAGUGGAUAUUCGGCAAACAACAACAAAUAAAGCAUUUAUGGAAACAAUGAAAGCUGAUCAAUAUGAAGUUGUUCAUCCAUUUCAAAUUCGAGACAAAAAUGAGCGAAUCGGAAUUGAUACACGCAAUUAUUUUCUGAAAGCUCAAGAACACUAUGAACAUGUUACAAUUGUGAUAAGAAGUAAUUUGAUGGGACGAAUGAAAUUGGUGCUCGAACGCAACAAUUUUAUAUUUGUUAAUCAGACGGCUUUUCAUAAACUUGAUUCGGAUGGCGAAAGAAUAAUUGGACAACGAAUUGAAAAUUGCUAUUAUCAGGGAAUUGUUGGGGGAGAAGAAGAAUCUUUUGUCGCUGUUUCAUCGUGUAAUGGAUUGAAGUGAGUUGGAAAUUUCAUUUUCUAGUUUGGGAUUAAAUUCAGUUUUUUUGUGGUUGAAAUUUUUGAUAAACUAAACUUUUUUGUCUCCGGAAAAAACAGUUCUGAUUCAGAUGAAUUUUCUAAAAUUAAACAAUAAUUAUUUUCAAUUUCAAUCUGAUAUUAUUUUUCAUCGUUUUUCGAAAUCCCUGCUUUGAAACACAGAAAUACUAAUUUUUCUAGAAAUGAGUUUUCAAUUAGGAAAUUUCUUUUUUUGCACGUGAAAAAAUUCCUUAAAAAAUGGUUCAUUUCUCUCAUUUCUAAAGGUAGGAAAAGUUAAUGUCCUGUACACUUUCCAUUUCAGAAUCUCUAUUAUUUUCUCAACUUUUUUAUGAAUCACCCAAUAGUAAAUAUUUGAUUCAACCCUUGUACCAAUAAAGCUUUUUUCAGAGGCGUGAUUUCAUUUUCAAAUGGUACAACUUACGGAAUUUGGCCAUUAGAUGGAGGAGAUCGAAAUAGUCGUCGACAUCCACAUAUUCUUUAUAAAACAAAAUGGCAAAAUGAUGCGAAAUGUGGAACAAAUGCAUCUCCCUCUUCUAAUCAAAGAUUGAAAAGAGAAAUUGAAAAUUUCUUACAACAUAAACAUCGACAUCAUCAUUCAAAUUCACAUUCCAAAUCUCACAAGCAAUCGAGAAGAGAUGUGUCGAAACGAACAAAAUAUAUUGAAAUGGCAAUGAUUGCUGAUUAUGAAUUUAUGAAAUCGCGGGGAAAUAUUGAUUUAGAAGCUAUCAGUUAUAUGCUUGAAACAUUGAAUAUCGCAGAUUCGAUGUUAUCGCGAGAUUUGAAUAUUCGAUUAUCUGCGGUUUAUAUCGAACUUUGGUCGGAUGUUCAGAGAAUUGAUCUGCAUGAAGAUAUUGAAAGAACUUUGAGUGGAGUUGUUGAUUAUACAACUGGACAUAUUUAUCAUAUUCGUAAGUUUUUAGUGAUGAUGAAAAAACGAGUCAAUUUAAAACACCUGACAAGACGUGUCCAAAAAGGACACUGUACAACAAUUUUCAAAAGCCACACUGCACAUGUUUUUAUCAUUUUUAUCCAAAAAAUCGAAAAUUCGUAGUGACUCCAAAAUCACGAUUCGUCAUUUUUAGGCGUAAAUUUUUAUUAGCUUCCCGCCCAAAUCGAAAUUUUGAUUUGGGCGGGAAGCUAAUUUCACGGUGCACAAUUUUUUUUGCAAAAAUUUCCACGCUGCAAAAAAAUUUUUGCCAGGGUGUCAAUUUUAAAUUUUUCAGAAAAAGAUGCGACAGUUUUGUUCACAUCUGGAAGUUUUGCAAACUCGGAAGUUGCAAAUUCAGCAGUUCGAAGUAUUUGCACAGCUCGAUCUGCAAUUAUAACCAAAUCAAUUGAUCAAUUUGCAACUCAUUGGAAUGGCGAAUUAUUAGCGCAAAGUAUUGGACAUCUUUUGGGUUUAGAACAUGACACAGCGGCGUGUUCUUGUGAGCCAGCUCCCGAAUGUAUUAUGAGACAAAAUCCUGGAAAAUUUGGGUCGCCUUUUGCGUGGCAAUUUUCGAAGUGCUCAAUUGCUCGAAUGCAUGGAAUUUGGCAGGAUGGAAAUAUUCAAUGUCUUCUCAAUAAACCAUUCCAAGUUUCGGAAUUACGAGAAUGUGGAAAUGGAAUUGUUGACGCGUCGGAAGAAUGUGAUUGUGGAAGUCGAGAAAAUUGCGCAGAUCCAUGUUGUGAUCCAUUAACUUGCACACUUCGACCACAUGCACAAUGUGCAGCACAUCAAAAAUGUUGUCAUCGAUGCGAACUUCGAAGAGCUGGAGAUGUUUGUCGAGCUUCUGAAUCACCGUGUGAUGUUGCUGAACAAUGUGAUGGAAAAUCGGGAGAUUGUCCACCAGAUGGACAUUUAAUUGAUGGAACUGUUUGUGGAAAUGAUGGACAAUGUUGGAGAGGAAAUUGUAGCGAUGCACAUAGUCAAUGUAAAAAUGUUUGGGGUAAAGAUGCGAGAAUUGCAGAAGAUGUUUGCUUUGAACAAAAUGUGAAAGGCGUCGAAUAUGCGAAUUGUGGACAUCAAUCUGAUGGAUCUUAUCAUAAAUGUCAAAUGGAAGAUGUUCGAUGUGGAACUCUUCAUUGUCAAAGCGGACAAAUUGCUCCAAUUGACUCAACUCUUAAAGCAUUCACAUUCCAAUUUUCCGAUAAUUCCCAACAAAUUCAAUGCAAAAGUAUUGCAUCGAGUAAAAUUGGAUUAAUUGGAGAUGGCGCAUCUUGCGCAAGUGGAAGAGUUUGUGUUGCUGGAAGUUGUGUUGAAAUGUCAUCUGUUAGUGCAUCAGUUGCUUGUCCAACUAAUAAUUUGGCACUUCUUUGCAGUGGACAUGGACAUUGUACCACAACAUCGGUUUGUUAUCUAUUUUUUGUGAUAUUCAAUUAAACAACAAAAAACUUUUUUCCAGAAAUGUGUGUGCUUCAAUGGUUGGUCUGGAAAUGCUUGUGAUAUUCGAAGUAACACAUCAACAUAUUCUUCACAAAUGGGAUUCGAUAAAACCGCCCAUCAUUUUUCUGAUAAUCCAAAAUCUACAAUCAUAAUUCCUCAUUUAAAUAUUGGAACAACCCUUGAAACAGCCACACUUUUUGCAAUUCUCCUUGGUGUUGGAAUGUGCCUUUUGAUGUGUUUAGUAUGUCUCAUGUUAUGUUAUCGAAGAAAAAGUGUUGUUGAGAUUCCGAAACCGAGUGAUGAAAAAAUCGAUGAAUCGCCUGAUAGACAAAUCAAAUUUGGAAAUAUGCCAAGUUAUCGGUAUGGGGAUUUUUUUUAAUUUUCGAGAACCAAUUUUUUCAACUAUUUUUUAGGGAGGAGAAAAGAAAAAGAAAAUCGACGAAAAGAAUUUAUGGAGCAUUGAAUCGAAUCACAGAAGCUGAUGAAAGAGAUUCGACAAGUCUUCGGUCAAGAGAUAGUGCUGGAAGUCAAAGUCUUCUGAACAAUGGUGCACCGGGAGUACGGUAAGAUUUGAAAAUAUUUUUUUCAAAAAUCCCAAUUUCACCUUCAUAUUUUCAGUGAUCCAUAUAGUUCUGAUCAUCUUCAUCAUCAUUCUCAACAACAUAUUUAUGCGGAAUCUGUAAUUUCGAAUGGAAGUAGACACAAUCCACAAAGAGAAUUCCAUGGGAUGAAUCUCGAUGGAUCUUAUCCACUUCGAUCUUUUGGCUCUUGGCGUGGAUCUUCUGGUCCAAUUAGUCCAGCUUCGUCGAGUGGAAGAUUGACUGAUAUGUCUUCAGCAACAACACCGCUUAGAUUGAAUAAAAUUGGAAAAUUGCUCAAAACUAUGCAACAAUCAGAUGAUGAAGCAACAACACCGUUUAUUGAAAGACAAUUAGUUGGAAUGGCGCCAAUGAAUAUUGUUAAUGGGGUAGAAUAUGCGCAAGAUGAAGAAUUGUCUGCUGUAGAAGCUGAUCAUGAAUUGGGUUCAAAUACCGAAUCAGCACGUGGUGGAUUUUGUGGAAUUGAUGAUUUUGGUGGAACUGACACAAGUCAAUGGGAACCACCUGUUAUAAUUGCUAAUAAUGCAUCUGCUAGUCCGACAAAUACUACAACAACAAAUAGUUCAGCACAAUCUCACAAUCAAUUUAAUUUCCGCCAAUCACCAUCGUUAUUUAGUGAUCCAUUUAAACUUGAAAUGACUAAUAGUAUGCAUAACUGA